AGCUUUUAUUCCGAAGUUCUCAACGGAAAGAGUUGACGCUGUUGACAGUGUAGCUAACAGUGAUAUUCAGUUACUCAUUUUAAGGAUUUCAGUGUUUGAAUGUCUGUAAUUGUGCGCUCACUGACUUCUCGACGUGUCGUUAUUUUGCAGACUGUUAAAUACUCUUGAGUUACGGAUGUGAAUCAAGUUUUUGAAACAUGAUUUCGCUAGCGGCUAACAUUAGCCACCUAGCUAGCUAGCGUUAGCUCCUCUCGGUUGCCUGACAACGGAGGGGUUAGCCAAACAAACCGAGCUAGCACCGGCUAGCUGGCUGAGAGGGUCCACAAACUGACUCUCUCGACCCUUUUAUUGUAAAAUCGAUUUGUCUGACGAGCAGCAGGUGAAGUGCACCCAUGGCGGAUGACGGUAGACGGGGAGAUGAGGAUGACCGCGGCCCCGGAGCAGCUCACCAGGUGUUUGUGGUGAUGGAGUGUUUGCUGGAAAAGCUGAAGGUGCUAAAUUAUGAGGAGGAAGUUCUGGCCAAACACAACAUGAAGAACCUGUCCAGACAUUAUUUUGUCUCCAGUCCAUAUCUGGCAUCCAACCCGGGCGAGCAGUUCUACAUGUUCACCAUCAUCGCAGCGUGGCUCAUCAACGUGGCAGGGAGGCCGUUCGCUGAGCCUCAGGAGUACGACGAACCCAACGCCACCGUGUCCAACAUCCUGGCAGAGCUCAGGGCUUUUGGUGUUAAGGUGGACUUCCCGCCCUCCAAACUGAAAUCAGGUUCAGGCGAGUACGUCUGCUUGGUGCUGGACCGACUGGCUGAGGAGGCUCUGAGGAGGAGGGGGUUCUCCUUCAGAAGACCAAACUACCCGACAGAAAACACAGAGGAAGAGUCUGUGAUAGAGGACGACGCAGAGCUCACUCUCAGCAAAGUCGAGGAGGAGAUGAUCGAGGAGCCUGAUGAUGAGGAGGAGAACGUGAUGGAUCUGGAGGCUCUGAAGCUGCGGACCACUCACACUGAAGCAGAACCGUCGACCAAACCUGACGAGAUUCUGGAGUCGACGGUUGAUGCAGCGGAGUGGAACCUGGAGGUGGAGAGAGUCCUGCCUCAGCUCAAAGUCACCAUCAAGACAGACAACAAGGACUGGAGGAUCCACGUGGACCAGAUGCACCAACACAGAGAUGGGAUCAAGUCUUCGCUCAAAGAAGCCAACAGUUACCUGGACAAACUGCAGGAGGACAUCGGUAAGACUCUGGAGAAGGUGAGCAGCAGAGAGAAAUACAUCAACAACCAGCUCGAACACCUGAUCCAGGAGUACCGCAGCGCUCAGGCCAAACUCAGCGAGGUCAAGGAACGAUACCAGCAGGGCAGCGGAGGAGUGACAGAAAGGACCAGAAUCCUGGCUGAGAUCAGCGAGGAGCUCGACAAGGUGAAGCAGGAGAUGGAGGAGAAAGGCAGCAGCAUGUCUGACGGAGCUCCCGUGGUGAAGAUCAAGCAGAGUCUGACGAAGCUGAAGAUGGAGAUCGUUCAGAUGGACGUGAGGAUCGGCGUCGUCCAGCACACGCUGCUGCAGGCCAAACUCAAAGAGAAGUCCAACAUGACGCGCGACAUGCACGCCACCAACAUCCCUGAGCCCGCCGCCGGGCCCUUCGCUUAGUCUCAUCACCACAGACAAACAAACAAACAAACAAACAAACAAACAAACAGACACUACCCAUCUCCUGCUUUUCUGACAUGAACUGAAAACUAAAGUGUUGAAUCUCCUGACGUUAAAACGUCACAGACUUUAUUCAUUUUACACAUUUCCAAGUUUCACUCUCUGUCACUUAUUUAUUUCAUCACCUGUUUUUUAUGGAUAAUAUUUAGGACCAUUUUGUGUAUAUGAACAUAAAAUAAAUUUUGAUACCAGUUAACAAAUAUCAA